AUGAAUGCCAUACUAGCGGAGCCUCCCCCAGAGAUCCGCAGAGAAGUUGGGGAAGUGGGGAGUGGAACGGGAAGGGGAGGAGGGGUUUGCUUCAACAAUCCUCCCUCUCCCCCUUCUGCCCUCUCUUCCCCCAACGUAACUCCCCCAGUUGUUACUCGUCCCACAAUCAGCACUGGCACAGUCAGCGGCGCAGACGCGCUCACGAUGCUGCUGGCAGGGAAUGACAUCGGUAUCGUGCGCCGCCGAGACACCACCCCUGCUGCUGCUGCUGCUGCUGCUGCUGCUGCUGCUGCUGGUGCUGGUGCUGGUGCUGCUGGUGCUGCUGCUGCUGCUGGUGCUGCUGCUGGUGCUGCUGCUGCUGCUGGUGCUGCUGCUGCUGCUGCUGCUUCUGCUGCUGCUGCUUCUGCUGCUGCAGCUUCUGGUGUUACUCGUCCCACAAUCAACACCAGCACAGUCAGCGGCGCCGGCGCGCUCACAACGCUGCUGGCAGGGAAUGACAUCGUUACUCGUCCCACGAUCAACACCGGCACGGUCAGCGGCACAGACGCGCUCACAACGCUGCUGGCAGGCAAUGACAUCCUUACUCGUCCCGCGAUCAACACCGGCACGGUCAGCGGCACAGACGCCCUCACAACGCUGCUGGCAGGGAAUGACAUCGUUACUCGUCCCACGAUCAACACGGGCACAGUCAGCGGCACAGACGCGCUCACAACGCUGCUGGCAGGGAAUGACAUCCGUAUAGUGCGCCGCCGAGACACCACCCCUGCUGCUGGUGGUGGUGGUGGUGCUGGUGGUGGUGGUGGUGCUAGUGGUGGUGGUGCUAGUGGUGGUGGUGGUGGUGCAAGUGGUGCAUCAGGCAGUGGAGUGGGGAAGGGAGAGGGCGGGCAGGGAAGAGGGGUCAACGGGGGCGCGGGAAGGGGGGCAGGGAGAGGCGGAGGAAGGGGAGGGGAGGAUGGGAGGGAGAGGGGAGGGGUGAGUGAGGAGGAGAAGGAGGCACUAUUGAGAGCGUCAGAACGAGCUGGUGGCGACCCAGCAGCAGCAGCAGAAGAAGAACCGUCUCUUACAAGACUCGAAUGCAUUGAGCGACAGAACGAGCUGGUGGCGGCCCAGCAGCAGCAGAAGAAGAAAGGCGGAGGCACACCCACUGCUGCCGCCACUGCAGCCAGCAGCAGGGCCGUGUGGGCGCCAACCAACGACCCAGCAGCCAUGCUGCAAGCGAAACUCGAUCACGGCGUGCAUCAAGUGGGGAGAGGGCGGCCAAGGCAGCAGCAGAGGCGGCUGCAGUCGAAGCCCCUCACUGCAGUCACUUUCGAGUCGACCUUUACUGACUCUCCUGUCCCACGGCGUGCAUCAAGUGGGGAGGGGGCGGCCAAGGCAGCAGCAGAGUCUUUUCAGCAAGCAGGUGCACGGCGUGCAUCGAGUGGGGAGAGGGCGGCCAAGGCAGCAGCAGAGGCGGCGACAACGGGCGGGCAGAGGAUGAUUCGCGUGUGGGAGAGGAUGAAACGCAUCAUCCCCAGCAACCCCUCCUCUGCCGCCGCUGCUGCUGCCUCCGAUGCCGCUGCUGCUGGUGGCGAUAGCAGCAGCAAUUUCCUACCAGAGGCGUGUCAUCGCAGCCAUCUCAGCCAGUCGCUCUCGGCCGGACUGAUCCCAGCCGACCAGAGGGGUCCCUCCUGGAUUGCCAUGGCAUGCUCCGACCCUGAGGACGAUCUCAUCAAUCGCACCAGCUACACACUGCUCAAGGAACGCGCUGCCUCUGCCCCUCCCACUACAGAGGUAUACCGUGACACGCUCUGUGUGGUGCUAGAGUGGAGGGAGAAGCAAGCACAAGCACUCCUCCUGAAGCAGGAGCAGCAGCAGCAGCAGCAGCAGCAGGAGAAAUGGCAUGGCGAUAGUAACCAGGAGGGUAACCAGGAGGGAGAACAGGACGCAGCAGCAACAUCAGGCAGCGGAGCAUCUGUCCCCUCUAUAGCGUUCUCCCCUAAGCGCCCCCCUGCUGCUGUGGCUGCUGAGAAAGUGGCUAAGCUGAUGGCUGCUGCAGCUGAGAGGCAGGCCCGGGAAGCAGCACAGAUCGCAUCUGCUGCUGCUGCUGCUGCUGCUGCUGCUGCUGCUGCUGCUGCUGCUGCUGCCGCUGCUACCGCUUCUGCUGUUGGUGAUGACUCUGCUCCUGACGCUGCUGCUGCUGAUGCUGCUGUUGCUGAUGCUGCCGAUGCUGCUGCUGCUGCUGCUGCCGGGGAAGUUAGCAUUGUUGCUGCAGCUGGUGCUGGUGCCGGGAAAGGUGUGAAUGUAAGAGUGGUGGGAGUGGCGGAUGGGUUGAGUUUUGAGACGUGUCAAAACUCGAAAGGUGUGAAUGUAAGAGUGGUGGGGGUGGAGGAUGGGUUGAGUGAGGAGGACGCAGCUCUGCACCAGUCGCUGCUGAACCUCAUGAAAGCAUACUCUGUGUGUGACCCGGUCACGUGGUACUGCAGCGGCAUGGGGUGGAUGGCGCUCACAUUACACUGCUCUCAUAUCUCACACCCCUCCUUCAUCCUUCCCCCCUUGUCCCCCCCUUAUUCCCCCCUUGUCCCCCCCCCUCAGGUGUGUGACCCGGACACGUGGUACUGCAGUGGCAUGGGGUGGAUGGCGCUCACGCUGCUCUCCCUCAUGGCGGAGGAAGAUGCCUUCCUCUCCCUCCUCUUCCUCAUGCACCGCUGCGGCCUCCGAGGGCUCUUUGCACCCAACAUGCACCAGGUGGGUGUGGCUGAGAUGAAAGAGAGGGAAAGGCACCUCUUUGCACCCAACAUGCACCAGGUGGGUGCGGCUGAGAUGAAAGAGAGGGAAAGGCACCUCUUUGCACCCAACAUGCACCAGGUGGGUGCGGCUGAGAUGAAAGAGAGGGAAAGGCACCUCUUUGCACCCAACAUGCACCAGGUGGGUGCGGCUGAGAUGAAAGAGAGGGAAAGGCACCUCUUUGCACCCAACAUGCACCAGGUGGGUGCGGCUGAGAUGAAAGAGAGGGAAAGGCACCUCUUUGCACCCAACAUGCACCAGGUGGGUGCGGCUGAGAUGAAAGAGAGGGAAAGGCACCUCUUUGCACCCAACAUGCACCAGGUGGGUGCGGCUGAGAUGAAAGAGAGGGAAAGGCACCUCUUUGCACCCAACAUGCACCAGGUGGGUGCGGCUGAGAUGAAAGAGAGGGAAAGGCACCUCUUUGCACCCAACAUGCACCAGGUGGGUGCGGCUGAGAUGAAAGAGAGGGAAAGGCACCUCUUUGCACCCAACAUGCACCAGGUGGGUGCGGCUGAGAUGAAAGAGAGGGAAAGGCACCUCUUUGCACCCAACAUGCACCAGGUGGGUGCGGCUGAGAUGAAAGAGAGGGAAAGGCACCUCUUUGCACCCAACAUGCACCAGGUGGGUGCGGCUGAGAUGAAAGAGAGGGAAAGGCACCUCUUUGCACCCAACAUGCACCAGGUGGGUGCGGCUGAGAUGAAAGAGAGGGAAAGGCACCUCUUUGCACCCAACAUGCACCAGGUGGGUGCGGCUGAGAUGAAAGAGAGGGAAAGGCACCUCUUUGCACCCAACAUGCACCAGGUGGGUGCGGCUGAGAUGAAAGAGAGGGAAAGGCACCUCUUUGCACCCAACAUGCACCAGGUGGGUGCGGCUGAGAUGAAAGAGAGGGAAAGGCACCUCUUUGCACCCAACAUGCACCAGGUGGGUGCGGCUGAGAUGAAAGAGAGGGAAAGGCACCUCUUUGCACCCAAAAUGCACCAGCUCAACACGCGUCUCUCCCAGCUCUCCCAGUUCCUGGCAGAGUCCACACCUCGCCUGCAUUCUUUCUUCGAGGACCUGCAGCUUAAACCCAGCAUGUAUGCAGCGGAUUGGCUGCUCUCCCUAUUCGCCCGCCACAUGCCGCAGUACCUCGUGUAUCGCGUCUUCGACAUCGUGCUCGCUGAGAAUACCAUGUCAGUUGUGUUCAAGCUCGCUAUAGUGCUGCUGCAGGUCACCCGGCGUCAGCUAAUGCUGUGUCCAGAGUUCGAUUACUGUCUGCACUUCCUGCACUCUGAGCUGCCUCUGGAGCUCAAUCUCCUCCCGGACAGGGAAGUGGAGGAGCUGGUAUCCAAGGCUCUGAGGGUGCGCCUGCCAUUUGAGAGCGUGCUGCGGCUGGAGGCAGAGUACGACCAGCUGGCGGGGGAAGCGGCAGUGGCGGCACAGGAGGUGCAGGCAGCAGCAGAGGCGAGUGAGGUGGCUGCAGAGUCGUGGGAGCGCGACAGGCAGGAGAUGGAGGGGGAGCUGCUGCACGCGCUCGAGCUACUGGGUUCAUCCCAGACAUACCUCUCGGCGCUCUUCGCUCACUUCAAGGCUGUGCAGGCCCGUGCCGGCCCCACCAGACAGCUCAGCGCUGCUGCUGCUGGUGCUUCCAACCCUGAUGUUUCCAAGUCUGACCCACCGGUUGCUGCUGGCAAUGAAUCGGCACAGAUAGUUGCUGUGGAGUCUGCCGAGCCUGCUGCCGCUGAUUCUGCCGAACUUGUCGCUGUUGAGCCAACCGAAUCUGCCACUGCUGAGCCUGCCGAACCUGCUGCUGAUACUACCAAACCUGCCACUGAUGAUCCUGCCGAACCUGCCGCUGUUGAGCCUUCUAAACCUGCUGUCUCAGAGUCUGCCGAGCCUGCGGUUGCCGAGCCUGCUCAGCCUGCUGAGCCUGCUGCCGAUUCUGUGGAACCAGCAUCCAAUGCUCUGCCUGCCUCUUCAGAGGCACUCAAUCCUGAUUCUCAGCAGACAGGUCCUCAAGCUGCUGCCCCUCAAACUCACCCAGUCUCGCUUCCCUCAGACUCCAAAUCCUUCUCCCUUCCCGACCUCCCACCUCUUCCCGAGCCUCCGACUCCUCCCGAACCUGCCCAGCCUCGGCCGCUGGUGGUUCGGAUCCCAGGCCUGGAGCCCGGAGCUGACAUCAGCAGCAUGUCCACCGCCGCUUUGCUAAGCGCGGUGGCGACGCUUAGGAAGCAGAGGGCAGCAGCGGAGGCGGCACUUAUGGCAGCAGAGCAGCAGCUUAUGGAGUGUAUCAGGAGUGAUAAUGCAGCGAUUGAUGCAUGCCUGAGGGGGCAGGCUAUGAGGGCGAGGAAGCGGCAGUUGGUUGGGCGCAAGGGAAGUGGGUCUGGUGUGGGAUGCUGCGAGUGCGGACAGCCGUCAGCCUCGUCCUCCCGCCUCGUUCCCUUCUAUGAGCUCGAAUUGCCCUUGCACACUCCAGCACAAUCAUCAGCACCACCAGCAGCGCCUCCCCAGACGAAGGGACCUCUCAAACGCAAGGCCAAGGGAGGAGCAGCAGCGUCAGCAGCAGCAGCAGCAGCAGCAGCAGCGGCAGCAGGGGAGAGGGCCGGUGUGUCAGUGCAGCAGUGUCUUGAGCGUUACACAGCAGAGGAGCGGCUGGAGGGUGGUAACCAGAUGUGCUGCGAGCAGUGUGGGCGGAAAACGGACGCCACAAGGAGGGUGUGCAUUCGCGGCGUGCCGCCCGUGCUGAACCUGCACCUCAUGCGCUUCGUAUUCGAUGCUAAGACGAUGAGCAAGAAGAAAGUCACAUCAGGGGUGCGCAUUCCUCUCACUCUCGACCUCUCACCGUACGUUCAACCUAGUGUUGAUUCCUUCAAAGAAGCAGGCGGGCCUCUGGCAGAAAAACCUGCAGAAGCAGCAGCAGCAGCAUCAGUAAGGGCAGGAGGGGAAGGGGUUGGAGGAGGGGUGGGAGGAGCAGGGGUAGAGAGUAAAGCAGGGGGGUGUGCUGCCGGUGAUGAAAAGCCAAGGGUAGGGAAGCGAGGCUGUAGGAGGAUUGGAGAUAGAGGGGAAGAAUCCAGGCAAUGGGGCGGGGGAAAGAGGCGAGGUAUUGCAGCAAGAAGGGGAGGAAGAGGAGGAGGGGAAGAAGCGGGAGAAGGAAAGAAAGAAGUGGGAGAAGGAAAGACAGAAGCUGGAGAAGGAAAGGCAGAAACAGGGGAAGGAAAAGCAGAAGCAGGAGAAGGAAAAACAGAAACAGGGGAAGGAAAGACAGAAAUAGGAGAAGAGCAAAGAACAGCAGAAGAUGCAGCGGAAGCUAGUCAGAAGACGUCCGAGCCUCCUAGACCUAGUCUUAAGUACCAGUUAGUAGCGAUUCUGCAGCACAAGGGCAGCCAGGCGUCAUGCGGGCACUAUGUGGCUCAUGUGAAGGACGUGCGGAGUGGGCAGUGGUGGUUGUUCAAUGAUGAGGAGGUGGUGCGACUGGGCCGACACCCCAUGGGGGAGGAGAAAGGUGGGAAGAAGGGGGAGGGGAAGGGGGAGGGGAAGAAGGCUGAAGUGGGGACUGAGAAAGGGGCUGUUGAGGUGUCUCGAGACGCGCAUGUGAAGGACGUGCGGAGUGGGCAGUGGUGGCUUUUUAACGACGAAGAGGUGGUGCGACUGGGCCGACACCCCAUGGGGGAGGAGAAGGGGGAGAAGGGGGAGAAGGGGAAUGAAAAGAAAGUUGCGAAGGGUGCUGAGAAGGGGGUUGAGGAACGGGUUUUUGAGGUGUCUCAAAGUGCAAAGGGUGAGGUGAAAGGUACUGAGAAAGGUGCUGAAACCUUGGCCUUUGAGCCAUCUGAGAACGCAAUGUUGUUGAAGGGGAAGGUGGCUGAAAGGGUAGGAAUGCAGCUGGUUGGGGAGGCGGUGGGGUGCGCAGAGAGGAAUGGCAGGGAUAAUGACACCCCACUCUGCGAUGAAGGCGGUGGAGGCGAAAGGACAGGAGCAGGAAGAGAUGAAGCAGGGGCAUCAGCAGGGGAGAUAGAGACAACAAGAGAAGUGGGGGCAGCAGGAGAAGAAGUAGGAGAAGCAGGGAAAGGGACAGCAGGGGCAGUAGGGGAAGGAGCAGCUGGGGAAGGGGCAGCUGGGGUAGGAGCAGCUGGGGAAGGAGCAGCUGGGGAAGGAGCAGCUGGGAAAGGAGCAGCUGGGGAAGGGGCAACAAGAGAUAAGUCUGAUGGGACUGGUAGGCGGGUUGGGUGUGAUGAUACGACUGACUUGACUGGUGGGAAGAGCGAGGGGACUUCAGAUGUCUGUGACCCUCAUCCGAUUGAUCUUGACGAGGGAAUCAACAACACUGAUGGGACUGGCCCUCAGUCCUUUCAGGGCCCUGAAAGGACUGACCCUCAUCCGAUUGACCUUGAUAGCACUGACCCUCAGGGGAAUGACCCCCAUCGGGUUGACCCUCAUGGCGCUACUGACCCUGAUUUGAUUGACCUUGAUGAGAUUGACCCUGUUUCAAUUGACUUGGAUCGGAUUUCAGACGACGUAGAUGCGAAGAAGCGUCACCCACCUUCGCUUGGUCCGCAAAAGCGUCGCCGAGUGGGCCGACAACGAGGCCCCGAGUCGUUUCUCAAGGCCGCUCCUGAGAUUCCACCUGAAGAACCACCUGAGUGCCCUGGCAAGGCGCCUCUGAAGAAGCAGAUCUCGUUGCUGGCGGAUUCCGUUGCUGCUCCACCUGGAAAAGCACCUGUAAGGCAACGGCGAUCCGCGUCCCAAGCUCAACAUGUGGCAGCAACAAGCAAGAAGCCAGAGGCGGUUUGUAACGGUGUGCAUGGUGCGGAGAGUGGUGGUGGGGAGUGCGGGCCGGGUGGUUCCAGGAAAGGGGGGACUGCAGUGAACGGUGGUCGAGAGGGGCUGGGGGAAGGAGGGGGAGAGGAGGUGACGUCAGCAGAUGCAUACAUGCUGAUAUACGUGCGGGAGGGCUUUGGGGAAGGUAGUGUUACAGGGAUAGUUACAGGGAAGGUUGCUGAUAUACAUGCUAUGGGGGUAGCUCCUGGAUUAGCAGCGGAGGCAGGUGGAUUGGAGUGUGAGGGAGCUGAAAUGGGGGAUGGGAACUCACGUGAACCAACAGCAAAAGCACCUGAUGCGGCUGUGAAGGCACCUGAAACAACAGCAGCAGCAUCUGAUGCGGCUGUCAAAGCACCUGAAACGACUGCAGAAGCACCUGAUGCGGCUGUUAAAGCACCUGAAACGACUGCAGCAGAAGCACCUGACGCGGCUGUUAAAGCACCUGAAACGACUGCAGCAGAAGCACCUGACGCGGCUGUUAAAGCACCUGAAGCCAGUGCGGGAGCAGCCAAGAAAGAAAAUGUAUUUUUCCUGGGAGGUGACUGUGUCCCUCUGCCCCAGUUUCUCGUAGACGAGGUGACUAAAACGAAUGCUGCUUUUCGGCAGCAGUGUGAGGAGCAGAGGCGAUGGGACGAGGAAACGAGGAGGGGAAUCGAGGAGAGGAGGAGCGAGGUCCGAAACGUGCUCUCCCUGAUGCCUGUCGGUACGGGAGUGGAAGGAACGGGAGGAAGGAGAGACGGGGAGAAGGAGGAGAAGCAGGAGGCGGAAGGGGAAGCGGAGGAGUUUUUUUGGAUCAGCACGGAGUGGCUCAAGGCGUGGGCUGAUAGCGAGGACCUACCAGGCCACAUCGACAACACCCCUCUCCUAUGUCCUUCGCACGGGCUGGUGCCCCGUGCGAGCCUCCCUCUCAUGAAACGAAUAUCCUCCAUCGCAUGGGCCAUGCUGCACUCCCAGUAUGGAGGUGGCCCGACCCUAUCCCAGGCAGCGUGCUGCUGCGAGUGCCUGGUGGCAGAGGCUUUAGCAGCAGUGAGUGCAGGCAGCUACAGGGAGGAGAGGGCGCGUGUGCGACUGCUGGUGGAAGAAAACAUCAAAGGAAGGGGCCUGGAGGGACUGGGAUACUAUGUCUCCAAGCCAUGGCUGAACAACUGGCUGAGGAGGACAAAGGCUGAUGCCCCAACUGCGGCUGACAGCAACCCCCUGGGCGGCAUUGUUUGUCCUCAUCAGGGGUUGAUGCCGGAGGGUAGAGGUGGGGAGGCAAGGAGGGCCGUUGUGAGCAGGGAGGUGUGGGGAUGGCUGAAACGGUGGGCGGAGGAGGGGAGGAGGCGAGGAGAGGAGGAGAGAGUGAAAGAGGCGGAGGAGAGAGCAAGGGAGGAGAGUAAGAGUUUGCAAGAGGGGGAUAAGAGCUUGAGGAAGGAGGAAAGUUCGAGUGAAGGGGAGCAUUGUACGGGUAAGGAAGAGGGAAGGUCUCUAGUGAGCAAUGGAGCAGAGACCAAGGAAGCUGCGAUCACAGAGAUCAAGGACGAGAAAGAAGAGAAAGAAGAGGCAGUGGCAGAAGCAAAGGGUGGGUCCAAGCCUCCUCACCCUGCUUCUUCAAGUGCUGAGAUUGCACUGCACAGUCCCGCGUUACUUCAGACGGGAAGUCACAGCCAGUUGUUGGAGUUCCCAGCUUCAACUGCAGAGUGUGCCGUGUGCGUGGCAGCAGCAGCAGAGGCAGCUGAGCAGGCUGAUGCACUGAGUCUCGUGCAGCAGCAGCAGCGCCAACAAUUCCUCCGCCUCUUUUCCCUCCGCCCCCUCCCCCUCUCCCUCCCCUCGUGCCCCACCACUUCCCCUCGCCUCUCCUCCCGCUCCCCACCCUCCUCUCCAUCCCCACCCUCUAAGCACGAGGAGCCUGUUUCUGAGGCGCCUACAAAGCAAGAAGAGCCCAUUGAGCACCCCGACAAGAUCAUCCCCUCCUCUGAGGCGCCUCAAAAGCAAGAGGUCAUCCCCUCACGCUCUGAGUCUGAGUUCCCCUACGCGCUCAUCCCCUCCUCCUGGGUCGCCCUCUGGCGUGCCUUCCUCUCCGCCCCGCCUACUGCCACCAAGUCUGCAGCUGCAGGGGCUGCAGGGUGUGACGGAGGGGCUUUUGAGAAUUCUCAAAAGUCACUCCAAUAUAGAGGGGCUGUCACAAGCAAAGAGUCAGCAGCAGCUUGUCAGCAAUCCCCUCCCAGCCUGGAGGGAGCACUGAGGGCCGUGCGGUGUCAGCAGCAUGGGGGCCUGGUUGCCCCGCUGCCAGCACUGGUUAGCAGCAGGAAGGGCGAGCUGCUUCAGGCAAAUGCAGAAUCUGAGCCCUUCACUAUAGUCACACGGUCAGAAUGGGGCGAGCUGAGCAGCCAGUGGGGCGGCACGCCCACCUCUGCCAUCCGCGCGCGAAUCAAAUCAAAUCUUCCCUCCAACAACCAUGCACCUGAUACUAAAUCUUCACAAAGUCAGAAAUCCACUGUGGGGAAGAGCCGUGGAGACCAAUCCUUCCCCAGCCCAUAUUGCCUGGAAACCAGCCCUCCUUUGUGUCACAUCUGCUACAAGAAUCCAGAAGAGAUCGCAAAGGAAGAGGAGAGGGCUAUGAGGGAGGAGUUACAGAGGGGGGAUUACAGGGAAGAGGAGAUACUGGUUGAGCUGGUGAGGGGAUUUGAGCCUCCUCCCUCUGUUGUUGCGUCUACGUAUGGGUUCCCACCUCUAGCUGUGUCACGCCGGUUUGCGUCUGCUUCCUCCUCUGCUGCCGGUGCUGCUGCUGGUGAUGCCGCUAGUACUGCUAGUGUUGUUGGUGAUGCUAGUGCUAGUGCUGCUGGUGCUGCUAGUGAUCUUGCUGCUGCUGCUGCUGCUUCUGCCAACGGCAAUGAUACCAAUAUUCUUCCAGGUGAAAAGCUCAGUCCGCCACUGCUGGCAGCGGCACCACAGGCCAAGACAACAAAAACAGGAUUACCAAUGGCUAGACUACAGAGACGGCCACUGCGAACGGGGGGAUGCCGUGUGGCAAUAAGAGUAUCAGGCUCAACCACCCUGCACCAGCUGAAGCUGCAGAUCUGGGAGUCCCUGGGAGUGGUUCCUGAGAACCAGCGCAUUGGAUUCAGCACUGUUGAAAUCACUGCGCUGCGUGGCCGCGAGAGGGUUUCUCAUAAGGCCGUGUCUCAUGAGUCCCUGGAAGUGGUCCCUGAGAACCAGCGCAUUGGGUUUGGCACGGAGGAAGUUACUGAUUUGGAGGAGCAUGAGGGUGUGUCGAUGGUGCAAGCUGGAGUGUUUGCGGGUGCCCGGCUGUGGGUGGUGGAUUCUAAAGUGCACAAGGACAGGGACAUUGCAGAGGAGCUCCCAGUUGUGGAUGACACGCAGAAGGAGGAGGCAGGUUUCAAAGGUACAGGUCUGGCUGGUAGUUUCCUCCCUGUAACUAUUUUUCCAGUAGCAAGCGCAGCAACGGUUGGAGCAGACACAGCAACGGUUGCAGCCGAGGGCAUUAAGUCGGGUGCACAUGAUGCCGCGGAUGGUCAUGUAGUCCUGUAG